AUGCUGGUGGGCUCAGCAGCCCUCUCCGUGCCCGGAAGGAUUAGGGGCGACCGUCAGGAGACCGAGACAGAAUUAAGCUUGUUUAUCAGUACUGAAUCUGCACCAUAAACCAGACAUCAAGGGAAACAGUUGAACAAUAACAACCAUGUCUAUUAUGGACCAUAAUCCCACCACUGGAGUAGUCACAGUAAUUGUCAUCCUUAUCGCCAUUGCAGCCCUCGGUGCCUUAAUACUGGGCUGCUGGUGUUAUUUACGUCUCCAGAAGAUCAGCCAAUCAGAAGAUGAGGAGAGCAUUGUGGGUGAAGGGGAAACCAAAGAACCAUUUCUCCUUGUUCAAUACUCUGCCAAAGGACCUCACGUGGAGAAAAAGACUAAGCUGACUCCAAAUGGCACCGAGUCUCGUAGCUAAUUCUCUGCUGCCUCGAAGUCCAUGACGGUUGUAUAAAGCAGAACUGAUACUGUGAAGAAGAGAAAAAUAGAAACCCUUUUCAUAGUUUCCUACGCCUGCCAGCCAAACCCCACACUGACAAUGCAUGCACGGAAUUCUCAUUCCUGCGACUCCUUUCAUAACCUCUUACUUGAAUGUCAUCUGAUUGGAAGUGGAAAUCUCCCCCACAAUGUGAACUGCAAUCUGAACAAGUGUAAAUAGCUGCCUGUUGUUGCUUCUGAUGAAGCUGAGCCUCUCGGAAGGUUCUGUAGAAACAGACUGAAGUUUCAAUUGUUGCGUGUUUGGUGGUUUUUAACACUAAGGAGGCUCAGCUUGAUGGAUGAUUUAGCUUUAAUCUUAACUGCAGUGAAUCUGCCGCUUGCAGUGGGUUUCAGUAUGGAGCUAGUGAUAUAGAACUAUUGUUCUAAGAGGCUUCUCCACAUUCAAGUGGCAAAUGAGCAGUUAUAAGAUUUUCUCUCUUUUUUUCUAAAGUCUAUUAGAUUUUCACUACAAGAUCAAAAACAAUCUGUCAUUAAUCAUGUUUAAGAAAUAACAUUUAUUGUCAUUUCCAUAGCACUGGUUGUUUUUAAAGCAAUUAGGGGUGCAAUGCCGUGAUGCCUUGCUCAGCGUUGGCCCCCAACCCAUUUUACUUUCUUUUUUAAAUAGUCUACUUCAGAGUUGGAAUGAGUUUGGGUAGUCUGGAUACCCAAUGACCUGCUUGAUAGACUAGAAUACAUGAAAUGAAUAAAACGUGUACCUGGUUUUAAAACAUUUACCAUCUGUUUUGGAGUGUGGUAAUUUGUUACAGAGCAGAUGUUUGACCCACCUGUCUUCAUUUACCAAUCAAAAGAAUGGCCUGGCGUUUAGAAGCUGGCAGUGCUCAAAAACUCUUGCUUUGAUGGUCUAAACCGCCAUUGUCUGUCAUCACCAGCAUAAAGGUGGCCAUAGACACACCAAUAAUUUUGUACGAAACAAAUUUUUUUAAAAUAUUCGGUGCGUUUAUGGUGGGAGAUGAGCUGACCAAUAUCAGUAGAAGAUAUCAGUCGGCUCGGUGAGGCUGGCUGGAAAAUUGCCUUUCAAGGCAUCUGAACAUCGGCCAUUGUUGGUGCUGAAUCAUCAGAUAGAUCAGUAGAAUUCUAUUGUUUCUGCCUGUAUAUCGGACAAAUUCAGCUCUACACGUGUUUAAUGAAAUGAACAAUCAUAAUGGUAACGUCUAUGGCCUCCUUAUGCCAUUCUUUUGAACGGGAAGCAGUGUCUGAUGGGAAAGGGUCUAAUUGUGGUUCUCCCUUGUUGCACUGCAAUGUCAAAAUGGCCUGUCUGAUCAUGGACCCAAGUCUCUCUAUUCUGUGUUGUCUUCUUGAUUUGUACUGGAGAAACUGUCUAAAUGUCAUUCACUGUGGAACUAUUUAUGAAUUGCACCCGCAUAAUGUCUUGUUUGUAUUGCUUCCGUCACACACGUGGAAAGACUUUUAAUUGCACUGAAAACAUUGACAGUUGUUCUAAAUGAUUAAAUCAUUGUGAUUUGUAGAACAUUAUUGAUGCUA